AUGGCAUCAACGGAAGAGCACGCAUUACAAAAAGUCUAUUAUUUAACACAUGAUGCCACCAAAAACUGGCGGAAAUUAUUAAAAUAUGGUGAAACACUCGAUGUGGAUGUAAAGCGAAAAUUACUAUGGAUGUGGCCAACGGAAAAGUGUUUACAAGAGAUCAACGAACUUUUGCAAAAAUUUAAUAUUACAUGCCUACUCAGCAUAGGAUGUGGCAGUGGACUAUUUGAAUGGCUGCUCAAAGAAAGUUCAAAUAUUGAAAUCCAUGGCUUGGAAGUGGAUCGCAAAUGGUGGAGCAGUAGUUAUGCCAUCAAGUCUUUCAUUCAACUUAAAUACAUUGAAGAUAUGUGUUUGACCAAUAAUGAUUAUCUCCAAGAUUGUUGCUCUACAAAUAGUUGGAAUUUUGUUUUGAUGUUUUGUUAUUUUAAUAACCGUCAAGCAUUUUUAGAGUAUUUAAAUUCUUACCAAGGCAAUUGGCUCAUUAUUAUUGGGCCGCUGGAUAAACAAGAAAUAUAUACUGAUCCUUUGCCUUUGGAGCCAAAUUUUCCAAGUGACAUGCUUACAAAGUGGCUUUUAAAAUCCUCAUUGGAAAUGGGAGAAAAUGAUUGUUUAGCUAUAUAUGAAAAAAUUGAAUUAAUUUAG